UUAACCAAACACACUCUCACUUCUUUCCUAUCCCCCCCCUUUCUUUCUGUUCCCCUCAUAAAUAAAAUACAGUAAAAAGCCAAUUAGUAAUUGCAGAAGAAAACACACAUAAUGCCAAACACCAUUUUAGGAAGAAACCUCUAUCUCUGUUUCCCCAAGUCAAAGUCCCAGUCCCCGUCCCCCAAACGCGAAACCCCAGAUCCCGGCCGUCCAUUUUUCAUCAAGAACUUCAACUCCCUCUACGAUGCCGCCUCGGAACCCGCGCCGCCCUACCCCGAUUCCCUCGCCGCCGCGGCAGCGUACGACGGCGGCGAGCCGGGAUUCCUCUCCGCCCCCGACCUGGCCGCCGUCCAGGCCUCCCGCCGCUUCUUCUUCUCCUCGCCCGGCCGGUCGAACUCCAUCGUCGACUCCUCCUCCGCGUCCUCCUCCAGAGCCUCGACCUCGUUCUCGUCCCCGACGGAGCCCGACGCCGCCUUCGGCAGCGGGAGCGUCGCCGUGCCCACGAUUUCCCCGGACCCGUUCUUGGACUUCCGGCGAUCGAUGCAGGAGAUGGUGGAGGCGCGGCAGCUGACGGACGUCAGAGCUAACUGGGACCGCCUGCACGAGCUCCUCAUGUGCUAUUUAACUCUCAACCCCAAAAGCGCCCACAAAUUCAUCGUCGGCGCGUUUGCCGACCUUCUCGUCAGCCUCAUGCCAUCGCCGCCUGAAUGCCGCCGGAGACCCGAAUCCUCCUCUGUCCGCCGGUAACGAUUAGUGAUAAUUCUAUUUGUUUUUUUGUCAUUGUUAAUUAAUCAUCAAAUAUGGGUUGUAUUUAAUACUCCGGGGUAUAAAUGAUUUUUUUUUUUUGCGUCAUCCCUUACAUUUAAUGCUCUUCUCCGUCAUUUUAUUCAUAUUCUUCUUUUCACAAAAUUGAAUAGUGAGCACUAAAUUACUAUAUAAUCU